AUGAAAUACCAGAUAGCAAUGAUCGAAAUAUGUAAUGCAUCUGAGAAAUGCAAAGUGCAACAGCAAAUUGAAAAUCUCAGAGGUCACACGGAAGGCUUCCAAGCUCUUUUUGCUAAAGAACAGCAAAUUCAUCUUGAACGGUUAAAAGCUAAAGAAGCUGAAAAUGAUGAUUUAAAGAAAAAAGAACUUGAAAAUUAUGAGCAACAACUGCACAAGUUCAUAGCUGUGGAAGAGGAAUGCAAAACAAUAGAAAGUAAAUGCAAUGUGCUAAAGAAAAGAAAUAAAGCUAUAAUGUUGAAUUUAAGACGUAAGCUACUCGAAACUGAUGAAAUAAGGCGGAAACUUACUAAAAAUAAACACAUGGAAGGAUAA